AUGUAUAUCUUCCUACUCUUCGCUCUCGCAUCCUACUCUUUCGCUGCGCCCUUGAUCAAAGCAGGACAGCAAGCAACCGCAAUCCCCGGCAAAUGGAUCGUCAAGCUCAAGGGCGAUGUAACUACAUCAGCCAUGACGAGCCUAAAAGCCAUGAUCUCGACUGAACCAGAUCAUGAGUACUCAAUGGCUGGAUUCCGUGGAUUCGCUGGCACUCUAUCUGAGAAAGAACUCGCGCGUCUCGGAGCCUCUCAUCAGGUGGAGUACAUCCAGCAGGAUGCAACGGUGCACGCUUAUUAUCGCGUCGAGCAAGAAAACGCGACCUGGGGUCUUGCGCGGAUCUCCUCCGAGGAACCGGGCAGCACGUCGUACUUCUACGACGACACGGCAGGGGAGGGGACUUGCUCUUACAUCAUCGACACGGGCAUAUAUGUUGAGCAUCCGGACUUCGGAGGACGCGCCGAGUGGCUCGGAGACUUCUCUGGAGAAGACCUGUUAGUAGAUGAACAAGGCCACGGCACGCAUGUUGCAGGUAUAGUUGGAUCGGCAACUUAUGGCGUGGCGAAGAAGACUAAACUCUACGCUGUCAAGGUCUUGGACUCUUAUGGCAGUGGGACGAAUGCUGGUGUACUCGCCGGAAUUAACUUCGUGGUCAAAGAUGCGAAGACUCGCGAUUGCCCAAAAGGAUUCUCAGCAAACCUUAGCCUUGGUGGAUAUAAGAGCACUGUGCUCAAUCAAGCUGUCGCUGCCGCCGUCCGAUCGGGCAUCUUCUUCGCCGUCGCCGCUGGCAAUGAAGGUAUGGAUGCCAAGUACUCAUCUCCAGCCUCGGAGCCCAGCGCCUGCACAGUCGGCGCAACGCACAGAAACGACACGUUCGUAUCAUGGUCGAACUUCGGACCACUGGUUGACGUCCUUUCCCCGGGAGCUAAUAUCACCAGUACGUGGAACGAUGGAUCCAUCGAAACUCUCUCAGGCACGUCCAUGUCUGCCCCUUUUGUUGCUGGCAUGGCGGCGUGUAUGAUGGGGUUCAACUAUACUGAUGUUAGUUCGAUUUGUGAUAUGAUUGGUAAGAUGGCGGCGAUUGGUGUGGUGAAAGGAGUUCCAAAGAACACGAAGAAUCUGCUACUUCAAAAUGGGCACCUAGAGGUCUACUAA